CGGGAAGCGAGGCGUUGGCGCCAACUUCUGAGGGGGCGAUACCGAUUUCAGUCUUGCGCGCAGCGCUAACCGUCCGAAAAAGAAGCAGAAUUGACUCGCGUUCUCUGCAGCGCCUGCGCACAAAACGGAUACGCGAUGCGGAGCGUUAGCUUCUGAGGGGGCGCCGACUUUCCCGCCAAUUUCACCUUGUCUGAAACUGUGCUGUCGUUAGGGGAGUAGUGUCGAGGACGUUGUUAGGUUAGCACAAUGUAACCAAAAAAAGAAACAUUUUAAGUGAAUAGUGAACAACACUGACAUUUCAAAAUAAGCAAACACUGCUAACACGGCUGUUGAACGAUAAAAUGUAUCUGCGAUGGGGCAUGGUGCAGGCAUGAUCCACUGGCUGCUCCAAGACAACAAAAGGGUUUAGGCACCAAACCCAAACUGGGGAAACCACAAACAGAACACAAAAUUCAAAGAUGUGGAGCCAAUUGUGAAGAUUGAGGAGGUGGAUGGUUCAGAACUGGUGCUGAAGUUUGCAGAGGAGAUGGAAAGUAUGCUGGGAAGGAAAAUGAAAUCGGUCAAGGUCACCAUCCCCUGCAGUCCCCCUGGACGCAUUUCCUCCUCGCAGCCACCAGUGUCUCUGAUAGGAGGAAGUGUUGACAGGGCAGCUCUCCGCAUACCUUACCUCCCAUCUAACCUCCUUGAAACCUCCUUUUACACCAGAAUUGCAUGCCUGAAACCAUACCCUGGCAGAGAAUGCUGAGGAUGCAGACUUGUACCAUGAUUAUGACGCCUCUCUGAAGAUUGACUACUACAACUCGGUGUUGGUGAACACAAAGGAUGAGGAUGGGAAGUAUGUGGAGCUUGGUGGGGAGUUCAUCCUGGAGGAGAAUGAACACUUCAACAACCUCCCUGUCAACACCUCCCUCAGUAGCGUGCAAGUCCCUACCAACGUCUACAAUAAGGAUCCGGACAUUCUCAAUGGGGUUUACAUGUCAGAGGCACUGAAUGAGAUCUUCAUUAAUAACUUCAAAAAGGACCCCACCCUCACCUGGCAGUUCUUUGGCAGCUCCACAGGUUUCUUCAGAAUCUACCCAGGUAUCAAAUGGACCCCAGAUGCAAAUGGAGUCAUCGCUUUCGACUGCAGGAAUCGGAACUGGUACAUCCAAGCUGCGACAUCACCAAAGGACCUCGUGAUUGUCGUGGACAUCAGCGGCAGUAUGAAGGGUCUUCGUCUGACGAUUGCCAAACACACCAUCAACACCAUCCUAGACACUCUGGGGGAGAAUGAUUUCGUCAACAUCAUCGCCUACAGCGAUUACGUUCAUUAUGUGGAGCCCUGCUUCGAAGGCACGCUGGUGCAGGCCGAUCUGGACAAUCGUGAGCACUUCAAGAUGCUGGUGGAGGAACUACAUGCCAAGGGGGAGGGGAAGGUGAACAAGGCCAUGAAGGAGUCUUUCCGCAUCCUCAGCGAGGCGACAGCCAAUGGGCAGGGCAGCCUGUGCAACCAGGCCAUCAUGCUCAUCACUGAUGGAGCCAUGGAAGAUUUCCAGCAGGUGUUUGAGGACUACAACUGGCCAGAGAAAAGGGUCCGCGUCUUCACCUACCUCAUUGGCCGAGAGAUGACCUUUGCAGAUACUGUUAAGUGGAUUGCCUGCAACAACAAAGGUUAUUACACUCACAUCUCGACACUAGCCGACGUACAAGAAAAUGUCAUGGAGUAUCUGCAUGUUCUAAGCCGACCAAUGGUCAUUAACCACGACCAUGACAUCAUCUGGACUGAGGCCUACAUGGACAGUGUGCUCCCAAACACAGCAGAGCUAUUCAACACACAGGCCCAGAGCCUGCUGCUCAUGACCACCGUCGCCAUGCCUGUCUUCAGCAAGAAGAAUGAAACGCGUUCCCACGGCAUUCUCUUGGGCGUGGCCGGCUCUGAUGUGCCCCUGAGGGAGCUAAUGAAAUUGGCCCCAAGAUAUAAGCUUGGAGUGCAUGGCUACGCCUUCCUGAGCACCAACAACGGCUACAUUCUCUCGCACCCUGACCUUCGACCCUUGUAUAAGGAGGGAAAGAAGCUCAAGCCAAAACCUAACUACAACAGCGUGGAUCUGUCUGAGGUGGAGUGGGAGGACACAGAGGAAACGCUGAGGACAGCCAUGGUGAAAGGCCAAACCGGCUCUCUGUCCCUGGAUGUGAAAGCUGCUGUGGAGAAGGGGACAAGGGUCCUGUUCCUGACAAAUGACUAUUUCUACACAACCAUCAAUGAAACGCCAUUCAGCCUGGGCAUAGUCCUGACCCAAGGCCACGGGGAGUACAUCUUCCAGGGGAACGUGUCCAUAGAGGAAGGCCUCCAUGACCUGAUGCAACCAGAUGUCACCCUAGCUGAUGAAUGGACCUACUGUGAGACAGACAUAGACCCACAACACCGCAAGUACUCCCAGCUACAAGCCGUCAUCCGCUACCUGACCGGCAAGGAGCCUGAACUGGAAUGCGAUGAAGAACUGUUACAGGAAGUCCUUUUUGAUGCCGUGGUAACCGCACCUUUGGAAGCUUAUUGGACAGCACUACUACUCAACGAGUCUGGAAUGGAUGAAGGCUUAGAGACAGCAUUCCUGGGCACGCGAGCUGGACUCAUGCGCGUCACCAGAUACAUUAGCGCUGAGGACAGAGUUGCAAAGAAGUUCCUCACCACCUCAGAUAAGGAGAGUAUCUUCACCAUGGAUCACUUCCCCCUGUGGUACCGGCGAGCCGCAGAACAUCCCCCGGGCAGCUUCCUGUACUACAUUCCCAAGGAGGACACUCGAGAUGUUUUCAGGGACUAUGAGUAUGACUAUAGCACCUCCCCCAAGCUGGAGGACCUUGAGCAGGAGUACCAAGACGAUGAGAACGUGGUUGUCGCCAGCACCGCUGUGACCAUGACCGUCAACAAGAAGAUGGCCAUUGCUGCAGCAAUCGGGGUGCAGAUGACGCUGGACAUGUUGGAGAAGAAGUUCUGGGCGACAACCAGACAGUCCAACGAAACAGACUGCAGCACGGUGGAGGGCUUGUGCCCAAUCAGCUGUGACAGUCCUGAGCUGAGCUGCUACCUCCUGGACAGCAAUGGUUUCAUCCUGAUCUCCAAGGAGAAGAAAGAGUCCGGAAAGUUCUUCGGGGAGGUGGACGGAGCGGUGAUGUCUCAGCUGCUCCGAAUGGGCAUGUUCAAGAGGAUCUCUCUGUACGACUACCAGGCCAUGUGCAAGACCAGCCACCAUCACACCAGCGGUGCCCGCCCUCUCCUCAGCCCCUUCUACAGCUUUCUCUCGGCUCUGAAAUGGUUCCUCGCUAACUUCACGUUGUUUUUGCUGGAGUUCAAUAUUUGCGGUCUGUGGCACUCUGAUCACCUUGCAGAAGCCAAGGCUGUCUUCCAUACAUCCCACAAGCACAAGAAGGUGGAGGUGAUGCAGCCAUGCGACACGGAGUACCCCAGCUUCAUGUACACGCCGUCCGUCAAAGAGACCAACAGCUUCGUCCAGUGUGGCCGGUGUCACAAGAUGUUUGUGAUGCAGCAGAUUGCCAACAGCAACCUGCUCAUGCUGGUCAUCCAGGGCGAGUGCGACUGUGCCCGCAGGUUCCCACCUAUCACCUUGGAGCCCAAAGAGGUCAAAUAUAACACCUCGGUCAAGUGCGACAGGAUGAGGUCACAGAAGCUCCGCAGAAGGCCGGACUCCUGCCACGCCUUCCACCCUGAGGAGAACGCUGAAGACUGCGGCGGGGCCAGUGAGAUAUCCCUGUCUGUGGCCCUCUUCAUGACUACACUCAUUGCCUCGCUUGUCCUGCGGUGAUGGAGGGCCAAACCUGCUCACAGGGGCCAAGUUCAAGGGCCCCCGGGCUUGCGCCAUACCUCCCCAUUUGUUUUUAUUUAUCGAUUUUAUCUUAGUUCUUUUCUGAGAUGAGUAGGAUGUUAGAGACACCGCAGCACAGAAUACGUAUGUACAUUGCAAGCAAGUGACAAAGGGCUUGUUUUCUAAUCUAACGUGUAGCUUUUUUACCAUGAUGGUGAGAACGAUAUGCAUGGACCAUGGACAAAAACAUUGUUCGCUUGUACAGGCGCCAAGAUGGACGGCAAAAAUGAGUUCCACCAGUGCGUGUGUCUGCCACGGCACUGUGAAGAGACAGUGAUGCAGUCACACCUGUCCCCCAAUCAUGAGAUCCUGCUCUCUGCUGAGCACCGUCUAACUGUGCCAUCUAGGGGCCAUGCAGAGGAAGACAAGCAACCACAGAAGAGGGUUUUAAAAAUAUAAGAAAAAUUUACUGUUUUUCAUGAACCAGAAGGGAAACAAAACUGAAAAUCUGCCAGUAUAUUUAGCAUAUGCUUCAUGGGUUUGCUACACACUUCGUUUUGCGUUCAAUUUGUUCACACUGCCAUUGUUGCAUAUGUAUUACAACUGCACACGAUUGUUAACUGAUAAUACCAGUUCUAUAGUGACGAACGUAUGCAGCAGGGUUCCCCAGGAGAAGAAAAUGUGUGGUCCCCUCGCCUGGCAAAUUUCAUCAUCAGUUUUCCAGUGGCCCUUGGCUUAAUGUUGUUGAUGGAAUUUGGCCUUUGGGUGAACACUGAUAUAGAGCCUGAACUUCAUGUAAAAUUAUACAUCGAUUGGAGGGAACCCUGAUGAAAUGUCAGACACGGUGAUUUGCCUGGACGCUCACAGUGGCUUCUGGGUGACUCCUGAGCACCAGACUGACCUGAUGAGUUUCUAAUACCUGGGUUUGUUCACUCAUAGAAUGGUUUGAUAUUGUUUAUAUCAGAGUAACUACAACUCUCUCACAGUGUCUGAAGUACAUGUUACAUUAUCAAGGAAUGUAUCCAAAAAUUGGACAAAAAAACAAUGUAACUUUCCCUUAAAAAAGUAAAAGUUGUGUUAAUCUCUAUAAAUCAAAGUGGGUGUUGUAAACAAACUCCUUCACUAUUACAGAAAGAAAAAUAAAAUAGGAACAUACAAGGCACUUGGGACACUUCUGGGAAAUACAAGCACCAAAUUCAUCCUCUUUUCUCACAAUGGGCACAAUCCUUAUCAUUAACCCCACAUCAUAUAUCUAGGGUUGCAAUUGUAUGAGAUUAUCAAGGUAUUUUAUUGUCUUGGGAAAUAUCAUGGUUUCACAGUAUUUCACAAUUAUUAUCAGUUACAAUGACCUUAAAGUAAUGAAAACAGGAGGAUUAUGCUGGAUAAAGACUUUAUCAUACCUGAAACCUGAAACAGUUUUUUGGAAGUAUGCGUGUAAGUGUCCCUUUUGAAAAUAAAAUAAUUAAGAAAGCUGUAAA